CGAUCACCGUCGACCACAGAUAGGAACUAAUCAUCUGUGACAGGUCUUUCAAUCGACGUAUGCUAUUCUACUGCAAGAUGAAGGGCGGAAUCAUACUGUUGGCAUUCUCCCUGACAGCAUUUUUCGUGGAAAAGGGGGGUGCUUUCGUCUUUGUUGCACCACAAUCGAUUAGGUCACCUCUUCCUUCGGGAGAGGGAAUGCCAACAUCACGACAUUUCGCCAUAUUAGGCGAUGGUGAUACCGACAAUGGCGCAGACUUUCCUGAUGAUGACAGCGGAUUAGCUAUGUUUAGCAUGGCCUCACUGAAUAGUCGGCUCAAGGAGGUGCAAGAAGAAGAAAGCAAGUUGCCACUAGUUGUGCUUGACUCUAUGUUGCCCAGACAGGUCUUGGAGCUCCAGAUCAAUAACGACCUAUUGAUCGAAUUGGUCCGCGACUGUUUGAAACGAGAGUCUCCUUUUUUCGGUAUGCUUGGUAUCGCACGUUUGGCCGGCGGGCAGCAGGUGCAUCUGACCCGUGGCGUCGAGGUGGAGAUUCUAGAAGACAAGCUGCAAUUUCUUCCGGAAGGCCAGGGUGUCAAAAUGGCUCUUAGGGCCACAGAUAGACGGUUCGAAAUUCAGAAAGGCGGCAUUGAAUCGAUUGGUGGAGAAGACGGAUAUACCGUUGCGAAGGUUGAUUUUUUGGAUUCGGCACAGGAAGAAGCAGAGGAAAUCCAAAAUGCUAUUCGCCGGGACGAAAACUAUGUCGCAGACACAGAGGAGUAUGAUCGUAUGUCCGUGGCUAGGGCUAUUAUGAAGGCUAAAGAAUUCACCAGUCCGAAUGUUAACAUGGCCAAAAAUCUGAGUUUGGUUGACAGGUGGAUCGAACUCGCGCGGGAACGGGAACGCUCGUCUGGUCAGAUCGAUCAAAUAUUGAACGAUCUGGGCAAGAUACCACCUGCGGAUCAACCCUCUGAGCKGGCUUUUUGGGUCGGCGCUUUGAUUAACCCGAUACCAGCGAUGGGGGUGUCUCUUGAAAUUCGACCUGCCUUGCUUACAGCGAAGAAAGCAGAGCAAAGGGUGGAAGUGGCCCUAAAUGGAUUGCUCAGGUCUAUAAAAUAUAUGGAGGGAUCCGCAAGCCUUGUUUGAUGAUGAUGAUGAUGUCGAAUGACUGCUUAGUUUUCUCCCUCACGACUUGGCUCUGAUUGUAGCAAAGUUAUCAGAGAACAUUUUUUCAAAAAAAAUGUCAGACCCGACAAUCUUUCUUGAUGUUGCAGAUGAACGGGUUUCGUUUGGCUAUUUUUCGGAUCAAAAGGGUGAACAACGAAGUCGUUUGAUCACAAUCUUGUAAAUUAACUCUUUUGACCCAA